AUGGCGCCUGCGCUGGUAUUCCGACGGGCUGCACAGGAUAGAGGGUCUCUACUGGUGACAGAAGACCAAAGAAAUACUAUCAUUGUGGCAUGUAUAUACGUUGUGGCAAUUUUGGUACUGUGGAACAUCCCUAUCCUCAAGCAAGUGCUGUACCCAUUCAAGUUGCUUACUGUUGGAUUCCAUGAAUUCUCUCACGCAUUUGUGGGGCUCCUUACAUGUGCAAAAAUUGAGUCCAUCGAAUUGGACCCUGACGAGGGCGGUGCAACACGGAUGCGGGGUGGGAUCAGCUUUUUUACUCUACCCGCCGGGUAUCUGGGCUCGUCACUUAUCGGAGCUAUUCUUAUUGCUUGUGGAUUUGAUGAGAGAGCUAGCAAAGUGGCAAGUAUUGUCGUCGCUGUAUUUUUCUUAAUGAUGCUUUGGUGGGCUCGGCGCAAUUGGCUGUACGUUGAAAUGCUGACAGUAGCACAUGGCUCUUGA